CGCGAUGCCGCUGCAGCCGCGGCUGCUCCGCACCUACUCGCGGCGCGCCGGGUACCUGCGCCCGCUGCCGCCGCCCGACCGAUGGAUCUCGCCGCCGCAGGACCGCAAGCGCCUCUUCAGCUCGACCUCCGCCGCCUCCAGCGCCGCUUCCAGCGUCCUCUCCGCUUCCAGCGCCCGCUCCAGCCCGUCGGACGACCCCGACUUCUCGCCGCCCGAAAAGCGCGGCCUGCAGCCCGUGGGUAAGCGCCCCGCCUGGGCCAGGCGGCUGCGGGCCCGCAGGAAGGACACGUGGGGGCCGGCCGGGAAGGAGAACCGGGAACCGGCCGAGAAGGAGAACCGGAAGCCGGAGAACCGGGGGCGGGGACAGGAGACCCGGGGCCGGGGGAAGGAGAAGCGGGAACCGGCGGGGAAGAAGAAGAAGUGGAGCCAGGGGAAAGAGCCCGGGCGCCGCAGAGAGGAGCGCCGGGAGUCGCCGCCGUCCCUGUCCUCGCCCUCCCCGUGCCCGUCCCCGCCGCGCGGUUCGCGGCGCCGCCGGCAGGGCCCGCUGUGCGCGGCGCGGCGGCCGCUGCUGUGCAGCACCCCGCAAUGGGCCCCGCCGCCCCGCCGCGCCGCCCUCGGGCCGCUCGGCCCGCUCAGCUCCGCCACCGACAGCGCCUCGGGGCUCGGCGACAGCCCCCCGCGCCGCCGCCGCGGCCCGCCCGCGCGGCUCAGCUCGCUGCUGCUCAGCACCACCAUCGAGGGCGGCUCGGGGCUGGGGGACUCCCGCUCGCCGCACCGGCUGCCCCGCAGCUCGCCCGAGGGGUGCCCCGGGCAGAGCCCGUCGCUGCUGGAUGCUGGGGAGGAGGUGCCUGAAUGGUUCCGACCAAAAGGCGCGGCUGGGAGCCGGGAGCCCGAGCUGGGGCUGCGGGGGUCCCGCCGUGUUCUGAGGUCGUCGGUGCGGGGACCCUGCCGGGCACAAGCUCUCCCGUCCCCACAGAAAGCACCAAGCACUCCUCAGGAAGCGCUGGCCCCCACUGAGGGUGAGCCACAGCCCCCUGAGCCGUGUGACAGUGCCACUUGUGAAGAAACCUGUGAGGUUCCAAAUCAUCUCAUGAGGAAUUCGGCAAAAAGAAGCUCGAGCUGUCACAGAGACCUAGCCAAGGAGUACCGGCUUGUGCCAGUGGUGGUCCUGGACCCUCUGGAAGUGCCGAUGAGGUUGAAAAGCAUGGAACUCCACAAACAGGCUGAUGCUCAACCUGCCUGCCUGCAGCCAGGCUCUCCCGUGGGCCGCCAAGGAAUCUUGGAGAACAAGCACAAAAGGACCAAGGGCCUCCCUGGGGAGGGCAGCACCUGCAGGAAAGCUUGUAUCAGUGGCUUCAGUGCCAGCCGCUGGGGCAGGCACACGAGGUUCCGUCCAAAAAGGCACAAGAACAAGAGACAGCAGCAGCCCAAUAACUCCCUUUUCAGACUCCAGACAAGGCAAAAACAAGCUCUGAAGGGAGCUGUGGAGAUGUCUGCAGAUGUCAGAGACAAUGACUAUUCACUCCUUAAUGGCUCUUAUUCCUGGGCUAGAGUUCGAGCAUCUCUGUCCUUCCAUAAAAAGAAGAAAGUGACCAGAGAUGAGAGUUUCUGCAGCAGCAUCCUCUGUAGCCCUUCAGGGAAAUCCCAGCUUUCGGGGUACCAAGCCAGCCUGUCUGCUGGGAAAGCUCAGGGCUGCUCCUGGUUUGCUUCCUCCAUGGUCCUGCUGGCUCCCAGGGAUUCAUCCUCUGUCCUGGAGCUGCUGCUUACAGAUGCAGAGAAGGUGUUUGGGGAAUGCAACCAAGAAGGGCCUAUUGCUUUUGAGGAAUGCAUUCCUUUAGAUAAGAUGAAAGAUUGCAAGAAAAUUGGAGAAGGGGUGUUUGGAGAGGUGUUCCAGAUUGACAGUGAGAGAGGACCUGUGGCCUUAAAAAUAAUUCCCAUUGAGGGGACUGAAAAAAUAAAUGGUGAAGCUCAGAAGAGCUUUGGGGAGAUUCUGCCUGAGGUAAUAAUUUCGAAAGAACUCAGUCUUCUGUCUGAGGGCUCUGUGAACAGAACUGUGGGGUUCAUCAGCCUGUACACGGUGCACUGUGUCCAAGGGCCCUAUCCCAGGUAUCUCCUGGAAGCCUGGGACAAAUUCCACGAAGAAACAGGAUCAGAAAAUGACCGACCAGACUUUUUCGGGGCCCAGCAGCUCUUCAUGGUCCUGGAGUUUGAGUUUGGAGGCAGGGACUUGGAGCGCAUGAGGAGCAAGUUCUCCUCGGUGGCAUCAGCCAGAAGCAUUUUGCACCAGGUCACCGCGUCCCUGGCAGUGGCAGAGCAGGAGCUGCACUUCGAGCACAGGGACCUGCACUGGGGGAACGUGCUGGUCAAAAACACAGACGUGAAAGAACUUCAGUACGUGCUGAAUGGGGCAACACACAGCAUCCCCACAGCAGGGAUCCACGUCAACAUCAUCGACUACACCCUGUCCCGCCUGGAGAAGGAUGGAUUGACCGUGUUCUGUGACCUUUCCACAGAUGAGGAGCUCUUCCAAGGCACUGGGGACUACCAGUUUGACAUCUACAGGCAGAUGAAAGAGGAGAACUCCAACAGCUGGACUGACUAUCACCCACACAGCAACGUCCUCUGGCUGCACUACUUGGCAGAUAAACUUUUGAGAGGCAUGAGCUACAAGAAGAAGGCAUCAACUCCUGCCCUGAAGAAAAUAAAGACGCAGCUCAGCAAGUUCCACAAGGAAGUGCUGACCUUUGAGUCUGCCCAUGAUGUUCUGCACCACAGCAGCCUCUUCCAGUGAGCAGGGCUCCAAGGGCUAAGCCACUGGUGCUGCCUUUCUCCUCUGCUUUUUGUAUGUGUUGGCACAAUGAAGUGUUUCAAUUGGUUCCCAACGUGUUCAAUACGUUAUCAAAAAUGUCCUUAAAAAUCCCCCCCAAUGCCUUCUGCUCUGUUUCCAUACCUGCUGGUUUUGAGGAGUGUUGGAGGGGAGAGAACAGAGCUGACUGUGGAGGAAGGAGGGGAAAAAAGACUUCUCCAGGCUCAGUUAAUGCUCUGAAUUUUACAUACAUUUUCUUACCAUUUUAGCUUUAGAUUAUUAAAAGUUCUUUUCUUACGGUAUUGUCUUUCUUACAGAUUCUUUUUUUAAAGGUAAAAAGCCUUCAGUUCUGGACAGUGAGGACAAGGAUAAAUACUGUUGGCUCACUGGAGACAGAGGGGAAAAACCCACCCUUUGAUUUAAUUUUGGCAAAAUUUGUACCUGGAAUGAAGGUACAAAAUGUGUAUAUGUGAAGUUGCAGUAAAGGAUUUUAAACACACUAAUCUGCACUUACCUGUUUCUUUCCCCUCUCCUUAAGGACCAAGGAAGAGGUACCUGAUUGUGAUAAAAAUAAGACAAAGUACCUGUGUUCCUGAUUUUUGAUGGUUAUAAUGUUGUGGCCUUGUACUCUGACAGGAACUCAGCACUGAAGCAAUUUCUCUGUUUAUCUACAGAAGAAAAUGCACAAGGUAAUAAAUGUUCUUUAGCAGAUGGACCAGGUGCCUUAAACUGGAACCUCUGCUUACAUUAAAUCCCAAUUCCCUGUUUUCAAGAAGUCCUUUGCUAACAUUCAUGUUAAAGAAACUGGGCUAAAGAGAACAAUAAAUCAAACUAAAGUGAAAAGUGAAUUAAAUUACAAUCCAGUGACACGGAUGCAUUAAGAAAUUAAGAGGCAGCAUCAUCAAAUUCAUGAUGACUGGAAUGUUGUCCAGGCAGUCUAAUAAAUAAAUGUUUUAUGUGUCCAUCUCAAAGAUGCCUCUUUGACUCUCUCUUGAAGUCUCCUUUUUACAAACCCAGCAAGGAGACCCUGGGAUGGUUUUAUUGUUCUGCCUUCCAGACACUGCAGAAAGUGACCUGACAAUCUGCAGUGCUUCAAAUUAUGAAGAUGGAAAUUGUGCUGGAAUGUUCCCAGGCAUCCUCUCAACCCUUUUUUUUUCCCCUCUAAUUGAAUAAAGUAAUGCACUGUAAUUGAAUAGUCUUAAAACCCUGUAAGGCCUGCAGUGAAUGCUUAUCUGACAUCAAGGAGUGUUCCUCAGUCACAAUGGUGCUAAUUUCAUUUCUGUUUUGAAAGAAAAAAAAAAGGAUGGAUGAAACCACGUUA